AUUUCAAUUAACACAUCUCUCACCUUAUACUAAAGUCAACACCGUUUGACAACAAAAAUGUCAGGUUCAGAACGUUGUGACUCAGUUUCACUAACUCGUUCUGAACUUCAAGGAAGAAGAAGGACAACGUUCUUUGUCAUUGUCCUUCUUCCUGUGGUUAUCGCUGCGGUUUUAUUCCGGCUCGACCCGUUUGAACCGGUUCUGUUACCAGAACACGAGAUAAGCCGGCCCAACUUGGUGGCUGGCACGCUGGCUCGCAACGACAACAUGCGACGAGGGUCUGAGGUUAUCGGAAAUGGACGCGUGGCGGGGCCGGAAGAUUUAGUUUACGACGUGGCGACGAACGUGGUUUACACGGGGUGUAGGGAUGGUUGGAUCAAGCGAGUCAAGUUGAGUGAUGACUCGGUGAGUGGCUCGGAAGUGGUGGAAGACUGGGUCAACACCGGUGGAAGACCACUUGGGGUAGCUUUGGAUCACGGCGGUGCACUCAUUGUUGGCGAUGCCAAUAAGGGGUUGUUGAGAAUUACAAAGGAUAAGAAGGUAGAGGUUCUUACCGAUGAGGUUGAUGGAUUGAAAUUCAAAUUAACGGAUGGUGUUGAUGUAGCAAAAGAUGGUACCAUUUAUUUCACAGAUGCUUCAUACAAAUACUCAUUAAAGGACCACUUCUUAGACUUGUUGGAGGGUAAGCCUCAUGGUAGAUUCAUGAGUUAUGAUCCAACAACCAAGAAAACAAAAGUGCUUCUCCAUAAUCUCUACUUCCCCAAUGGUGUUGCUGUCUCACCAGAUCAGCAAUUUGUCAUCUUCUGUGAAAGUGUUCUGAUGAAAUGCAAGAAAUAUUACAUAGAAGGCCCUAAGAAAGGAAGUGUUGAAAAAUUUUGUGAUAACCUACCUGGCUACCCUGAUAACAUUCAUUAUGAUGAACAAGGCCAAUAUUGGAUUGGUUUAGGCUCGGUUCUACCUCCAAUGAACCUCUCGAGCUUCCUACUCUUCCGCCUUCUCUAUCUCCCAAUGAUUCCAGACCACAUGAUGAUCCUGCUCCUGUUGUCAUACCUCCUCCCUUUAAUUGUUCUUCUAAGAUGAGUAAACAAGAUCGAGACUCGCUUUGAUGGUUCUAUUGACCAUUAUACAACACGAUUGGCUGCUCAAAGAUGUUCUCAAGAGUAUGGUGUUGAUUAUGAAGAGACUUUUGCUCUUGUUAUUCGUCUCACAUCUGUUCAGCUCUCUUGGCCAUUGCUACCGUCAAAAAAUGAUCUCUCAGUUAGAUGGAUGUGAAGAAUGCAUUUCUUAAUGAGAUUUGAAAAAGGUGUAUAUGAAACCAUUCCUGGAGUAUCCUUGUUCUCCUAGCAAAGUCUGUCUCCUUCGUAAGGCUCUUUAUGGUCUUAAGCAAGCUCCUCAUGAAUAGUUUGAAAAGUUCAGCACCAAUAUAUGCAAUCUCGAUUUCACGUGCAACUCUUAUGAGAAUGCUCUCUUUAUUUGUAAAAGUGAACGUGGAGUUGUUCUUUUACUCUUGUAUGUUGAUGACAUGAUCAUUACUGGAGAUGAUAUUGAUGGUA